AUGUUUAGAACUACACCUCAGGGGAUUUUAAAUAAUCUAACUGGUUCCGUUUAUGCAAAAAGGCUCGUAUCCUACAGUUUGCCAAAAAUAUCUUUGUUGGAAAAUUUAAAAAUCUCUAAUGGAGAUUUCAAAGGAUUAUACUCUAAUAGAGCUGUGAAUGAAAUCUGGUUUAAGAGAGGAGAGCAGUUGGUAGCGGGAUUGAAUCAAUCACUUGAAGUUAAUCAGUUAAAAAACCCUCCUUCAAAUUUGGAAAGUUUAAUAGCUGGAAUCAUAAACAAACCCGAACUUUAUGGUCUUUUGUCCUAUGCAUCCUUACUUCACAACUUGCAAUUUGCUUUGGAAAGUUUACGCCCCAAUGAUGCAGAGUUCUCAAAUACACUAGUGAAAAAGGCAAAAGCAGACGACUUACUUAAAUCACCGUCAUUCGGUUUUGUAAAUGAACCUUUAAAUGAAGAUUUGAAAUCUUGGUUGAUUGAUUCCUUUGGCUCUAUUACAGAGUUCAGAACAUUGCUUUUAAACUCCGCAAAGGCGAUAAAUGGAGAUGGUUAUACCUGGUUAGUAGCUGAAAGCAACUUAAGUGAAAAUAGCUUUAGAAGUCCUAACAGACAAACCCAUUCAGGUCCAACUUAUAGCAACCUUGCGAUUGUAAACACCUAUAAUGCUGGUGUUGUUGAUGAUACUCUUAGAAGUGGACAAUUAACCAAGUUAAAGAUGCAAAAGGCAGCCAAACUUGCAGCUCUGAAGAAAAAAAUGGAGGAAAGAAGGAACAUAGAAAAUGAGGAACAUAAUGAUGAGUACAAGGGAGAAGAAGAGGAAGAUGAAAGUGCGAUAGAGAAUGACUUGUUACUAGGAUCUGUAGACGAAGCGGAAGCUAGUAUAUUGUUCAAUGAUAGAAAAUUAUUACCUUUAUUAGCAAUUGACGCUUCUUCCAGAAAUUACUUGUUGGACUACGGUGUCUUUGGCAAACAAUUCUACCUUGAUAACCUAUGGGAAUGCAUUGAUUGGGAUGUUGUAGCUUCUAGAUCACCUUCAAGAACGCAACAAUUUGUAAAAUUAGAUUAG